CUCUCUCUCCGUCACUUCUGCUGUUGCUUCGAACGUCGACGGAAGGUGAAGAAGAAGGAAGAUCGCCUAGCUGCCUACAUUCGCCAGCAGCGUACGCUGAAGGAAGCAAACGAUCACCAGCGAGCGCAACAAUCAGAUUAAGGCAUUAUAGAUCGCUGCCAGCAUUAACGGUAACAGCAAGAACACGGGCUGGCAGUGGUAGUGGUGACACGCAGAGAAACUUGUGCGAGUGAUGCGUCAUUAGUGAGGUUUGUCGAUUUGUGCGUAAUGUAAGAAGAGUGGGUGUGCAGUGUCGAUUACAAUAUCAGCAUAGAAUAUUUGUCGUGACUGGCCAGGUUGAAAAACAUAAGAGAAAGACGUUGAAGGUAUCGACGGAACUGAAACGUUCAGGGGGGCCUUCGCUGUAUUCUACGGCGUAACGGCAGCUACUCUGCUCUGUUAGCAUAGUGCGGUUACGGUGUGAAACACUCGUAGUGUUCAUUAACGAAUCGUUAUACACGACGUUUCACUUUCGCGGAUGAUUUGUGCAAAGGACGAAAUCUCCUGCUAGAAGAGGCAACGUACUGCCCACUACUAUACACCCUAAUAAUCACUGCAACUAGCUAGACACUUAUUACUGAGACCUAGGUGAGAUUAAGAGUAAGUGAGACGUGUGAAAUAUUGUAUGAGCGUGAACGCUUGUUGUAGUUCUACCUGUUCACAUUGGUCGUGCAUAGUGGUGCCUCUAAAACAGUCUAUGGCAGUGUAAGCAUGGCUUCGAAGAGGAAGAGUCCUCCCACAAAGCUCCACACCCCUAACCAUUCAAACCCCAACGGAGAGGAAACUGAGCUUAACAACAACAACAACAACAACAACAACAACAAUAAUCACAACGGAAGCCUUACCGGAAGUGGACGUAACUCGCCUGAGAGCACUCAACUCAACUUGGCUGAAGGCAUGACUCGUCAUUGGAGCUCAGAUGAAGAGGAUUGCCAUAAUGGGAAAGCCUCUUUAACGGCUGCCCUUGGGCGAGAGGAUGAGGUCGAUAAACAGCGUAAACUUGCAGAGAUGCUACACCAACUCCACACUCUACGACAGCAGAUGGCGUCCAUGGGAGCCCUCGGGGACGAUCGGCUUCAGAUGCUGCUUCAGCAGCAGGCGCUAGCGCUCAGGCUUCCGUGGAUGCUCCCGCAAGCUCCAAGUGGUGCUGCAAAAACGCCCGUACUGGGUUCUCCAUCACCUUCGCCUCCACCCAGCACCCCGGUUCUUCCGGUAACAUCGUCUUCGUCUGCCGUUACGCCCACUCCAGCCAGUGGAGUUGGAGUUGACGACGCGCCGCUUAACUUGUCCAAGAAGGGUCCCGAGUCGUCACAAGGCCCGGCGGGUCAACCCGACCUGCUGAGCAUCGCUCGUCGCCACGUACACAAUAAUGAUAACAACCAUCUAGCGACAACUAGCCUGCUACAAGAAGACAGACCGAAGAGCGUGUCCCCCAUUGCACCCUUGGGAUCUCCAUCGCCCUCCAAAAUGACUGCUAUACCUCCUAGUUUGGAUUCGCUUGGAGGAGACAUCCAUCUCAACCAGCUGCAGCAUCUUUCAAACUUUCUCCCGUAUGUGAACACGUCUUGUUCAUCAACGUUGAGCUUUCCUACGUCUCCAACAUUCAGCCCUACAUCAAACUUACCCCAAAUGACGUCCCCGUUCGCCACAAAUGGCCUUCUGUCAAUGUUCGGAGGAAGCGGCGGCGCUCUCCCUGGUCCACUGACUAACGGUGCAGCUGCGGGUAAGGAAGCUAGUGUGUUUUCUUCAACGUUAGCUGCCGGGCUCACCGACAUCAAGGACGGACUCAAGGACAUGAACUACGAAAGCUCAUCAUCUGAGUGUGGGGACAAAGUGAGUUCCGACCCCCUCCUUGGCGCUAAGGUGAUUCGAGCAGGGCGCGACCCGGUAGAUCGGAAACAGCACAUAAAGAGGCCGAUGAAUGCAUUUAUGGUGUGGGCCAAGGAUGAGCGUCGCAAAAUUCUGAAAGCGUGCCCUGAUAUGCACAAUUCGAAUAUAUCUAAGAUUCUCGGCGCUCGUUGGAAAGCAAUGAGUAACGCCGAGAAGCAGCCGUAUUACGAGGAGCAAUCGCGGCUCUCGAAGUUACACAUGGAAAAGCAUCCAGACUAUAGGUAUCGCCCCAGACCCAAAAGGACCUGUAUCGUUGACGGCAAGAAGCUGCGUAUCUCCGAGUAUAAGACACUCAUGAAGCAGCGUCGUGAGGAAAUGAGAUCUCUUUGCGGUGACGCCGGCGCCAGCUCAAAGGAUGUGUCUCUAUCAAUGGCCCCUGAAGAUUUGCAGGCAGCCUUUGAGGCGGCGCGUCAAGCAUAGCAGGAGGCUGGCAGGGUUCAGGAGACUGAGCUCAGCCCCGAAGGACAAAACGUUAUCCGCCGGCCCUGGGAGCAAACGAACUGAGUCAACGGAAGGGAGGAGAACAAGAUAGCAGCGGUAUCGCUAAGAUGCUAAGACUUAUUUAAAAAAGAUUUGAUACGGCGCACAUGAGGAUAUCUACAGGCUGUGCGCUACAAUCCCAUCUAUACAAUCAAUCAAUCAAUAAGGAGAGGACGAAGCUUGAACGGGAAUUUCAACAAAGGAUGCAAUUCUCUCGCUACUAAUAAGCUUCAAAGGAAAAGGGAGCUGCAAGUAUCAGUAUUGGGCAUUGGCCGAUUUGACCAGAGAUACAUCGGAGGAAAGGCGCUGUAUAGCCUACGAACUGCAAAAUAUCUGGCUAGUGGUGAUCAUGAUGAUAAUGCUGAUGGUCAUGAUGAAGAAACUAAUGUCAAUAACAAUGUUGCUAUUUAUUAGUAACCCGCUGUACAAACUGUUUGUGGCCGAGUGUCGUCAUUCUAGUAAUAACAACAAAAAUAAUGCAAGCACUCAGUACAGCGGCGGAGUGGCUAAUAUUUCAGCAUUAUUAUUACUACUGCUACUACUGAUACGGUCUGGUAAUGCGAUGUGAGGCUUGAAUACAGUCAAAUGGGCCGCUGUCAACAGUGUGGAGCCAGUGCAAUACUUGUGCAAUUUAUUUAUUAAAAAAAUAUUAAGUUAUUUAGAUUAUCGGAUACUUUGAAGGGCAAGGGGUCACUUCUAGCCAUAAGUGAAUAUGUGCUCGUGUGUGCGUUCAACCGAGAGAUGACUGAUUACCAACUGUUUUAGACUACCCUUCCUAACCGUUCCCACAAUCGAGGCGACACGAUUCUUUGCAGCAAACCAUCUUCGCUUCUCCGGAAGUCAUCGACUAUUGCGUCUGGCCAUGUUCGUGUUAGGAUUCUGGAGUGCGAUCUGUUACGUUCACGAGUACAUAUUAUGAUCCUCAGAUAGGAAACGCGGUGUCUAUAACCGGCCCUUAUAGCCUUGUCUCUGACACAACGAACUAAAGUAAAGCAUGUCGAAAUCUAGCGCUUUCCUCGUUUCGUCCUGCCCUGAGUAACAUUUGGUCCUCUUGUUCAAAUCCAAGUGUCAACGGCAAUAUGGUUAUUAAGGGCAGCUGUUAGCAAUUAUUGCCCCUGUACUAUUAUUACUCAUUGUUGAGAAGCAUUUGUCAAGAGUUCAGUAAAUAAUUUUCUUUUACAAAAACUGCCAUGUUAUGUGAUCUACCCUGUGCUGAUGAUUAUCUAGUCACAAACAGAUUUGGAAGCUGUGCAAUGACUUCAAGUUAGCUGGAAUGAACGACCACGCUAAUUUGGUCGUCGUGUAAUCUUUACCGAAAAAUGAUCGGUGUCGAUCUGAUGAAAUCUAAAUAGGGAUCUUUUGCAUUAUUGACUUUUAGCUAAAAUAUGUUUUUUGUUAAUAUUUAGAGUAAAGCGGUAACACAGAUUUUGCAAGGCUCAACGAUAACAUGAAUUAGUCUUCAAGCGCUCCUGGAAGAGCUUAAAUUUUUUUUUGUCAGUUAUUACAUCGAUCACUUGCAGCUUCUCUAGAUCGCCAAAUAGAAUUGUCAAAGGGCUAAGCAAGCCGCUGAUUUCACAAACGAAUUCUAAAAAGCCAAUAGGAAAACUCUACUCGGUCUACACGUAGGAUUUUUUAUGAAGGGAACUAGAGACAAUGGUUAGAAAAUGUAGUUGAAAAGAACGAAAACCAUAUAAAUACGGUAAGCUGCUACGGUGACUAUGCCACGGCGCAGAUAUGUGUACGUCUACGAGUUUACCCAAAGCAUCCAUCUGAUUACGUAACUGUGGAUGGACGAGGCAAGUAUGGAAAAAUUCGUUCACGGAACCGCGAGGCUAACAGCGCUGGUCUCCGGGGAUUAUCGCAUGUAUGUUCUACUGACUAAUGCCCUGUGGUAACAACAAGGACACGUUCCUGGAUAUACUGAGCGCGUUCGAUUCGAUGUGUAUAUGUGCGUACAUUUUGUCUGUCGUAUGAAUUGUCCGCGACGGAGAUAAGGCGUAGGGUAAAGUAGCAAAAGCUCGAUGUUCAGAAGAAGGUAACGUUAUUGGCAAUGCUUAUAUGCAGCCAGCCAUAUGCCGUACCAACAUGCAGGAACGGAUACAUGGCAGUGGACGGUGGCAAUGAUAAUGGUGUGAUUGGAUCGAUUAAAAUUUUAUGGGCUGCAAGCCCGCACCAGUCUGAGCCCAACUUCAGAACAGUGACGUCAGAUGCGGUCGGACCCGACAGAAUAAGACAAUGACAUAGAAUUGACGACAGUAUAUAAAUACAUGAAAAGACAGAUUAUUAUUAUUAUUAUUAUAGUAAUUGCAGUCAUAAAAUGUCGUAGAAUACAGAUCAUGAUGAAUACAGAAUAAAAGGAGCGAUAAGUAUGUAGGCACGAGCAUGGUAUAUAAUGAUGGCAGGGUGAAGGCGUGAGUGCGUGUAUGUAUAGGAAAUGGUGUGUAAUGUGGUUUUGGAAGUAGAAGGCUAAACCCGUGUUACCUAUCCUAGCGCCCUACGAUAAAUAUAAAUUAAAGAAAAACAUGAUGAUAGUGCGCGUAACCCUGGGGGCAAUAUUCAUGCAAUCUCAACUCAGAAUUUCGUAACGUCAAGAACAAUGAUAAUGACGCUAAUAAUGACGAUGAUUGUCACAAUCUAGGAGCGGGAGAAGUUGUCGACGAAAGGCCAACCAAAGGUCGAUUGAAAAGGAGCCGCGAUAUACACCCAUGCACCAAACAUAUGAAAAUAUAUAGAAAUACGGAUAUAUUAGUUCAACCAAUAACAGCAUCAAUCUCUAAAAUAGGAGCAACAAUCACUAGCUCAGUUAUAAGAGAAUCAAGAGCCGGUUACAGUGUGAUCGGUUGAUUUACUCAAACGUAGCUCGCGCAAACAUCUGUCCCUGUUUCGCUCUCCUUCCGUCUACCCAGCAUCAGCCGCCGCUCAUUCUUACCUACCUCCUCUCGCUUCCGUCAGUUCCUUUUUCCGUAAAGCACCUGCUGACCGCUCUUGUUUCUCUGGAGGUCUACUUUUCUUUCUUUCUCUCUCUCUGCCGUCGUCUGCAUCAACGCAGAAUUUCCAUCGGAACGUUUGAUACAGCAGUGAAACAGAUCGUCAGUACAGACAAUUGCCACCUGACCAGAGGAAAUACCUAAACACCAUAAAAAUUGAUAUAUAUAUAUA